AUGAGGUGUUAAAAUAAUUUGAAUGAAGAUUUAUAUGUUCUUUUGGUUUAUUCUAAAGAUAUUGAUGAAUCAAUCUUCCACACACUAAUUAAAAUAUUCAAAAGAGAGAAAAUUUAAGUGUGUAUAGAAUUUCUUUCAUAAGAUCAAAAUAAAUGGCAAGCUGAAAAAAAAACCUCAUAGGAGGAGAUGCUGAAAGUUGAAAAGUCUAAAAUGAAGAUAAUAACAGAAGUAGUGAAGAAAAUUAAAAAUCAUGAAUUUAAUAGAUAAAAUUACUCGGAAGAUGAAUAUGAUGAAACUAAAAAGGGUCUGAUCUCAAAAAUAUGCUAGGAAAAGAGAAUCAUAGAAUUUCUAAAAUUUUUAGUUCAUCUUACAGCGUUAGAUGAGAGUUACAUAUAGUUAGGAUCAAAUUCUCUUCAUUUAUUAGUUUAAAUGAAGGUUGAUUUAAAGAAGCAAUCGUUUGAAAAUAUUAGAAUUCGAAAUACUUCACUAUUGGGGGCAAAUUUUGUAAGAUGUGACUUAAGUGGAUCAGAAUUUGAAAAUGUAAUUAUUAGUGGAAUGAAUUUAAAUGGAGCUAAAUUAUUUAAUUGUAAAUGGAGGAAUUUAAGAAUAAAUGAGGUGAUGGCAUUAAAUGGUCAUGGUGGUGGAGUCAACUAAAUUUGCUUUUCUCCAGAUGGUAAAUCAUUGGCUUCUUGCAGUGAUGACAAUUCUGUUCGUUUUUGGGAUGUAAAAACGGGAAAAAUAACGCUUGUAUUAAAAGUAGAGAGGAUUGUGUAAUCCCUAUGCUUGUCUCCUAAUGAAACUACAUUAGCUUCUUGUUGUGGCAAAUUUAUAUUUUUAUGGAAUCUACAAACAGGAAAAUAAAUGUCAAAAUUAAAUGGGAAUAAUGAAAUAUCACUCUGUUUUUCUCCUAAUAGUCUUACAUUAGCAGCAGGUAGUGAAGAUAAGUGUAUCCGUUUAUGGGAUGUUAAGACAAGAAGAUAAAAAGCCAAAUUAAAUGGUCAUACUCAUUAUGUUUAUUCAAUCUGUUUCUCUCCUGAUGGAUCGAAGUUGGCGUCUGGCAGUGCAGAUAACUCUAUACGUUUAUGGGAUGUUUAGAAAGAAUAAUAAACAGUCAAAUUAGAUGGCCAUAAGAAUUCAGUUCGAUCAGUUUGCUUCUCUCCUGAUGGUAUUACAUUAGCAUCUGGUAGUGAUGAUAACUUAAUCCGCUUAUGGGAUAUUAGGACUGGAUUAUAAAAAGCAAAAUUAGACGGUCAUAACGAUUAAGUUCGAUCAGUUUGUAUCUCUCCUGAUGGCACUACAUUAGCAUCUGGUAAUUAUGAUAAGUCUAUUCGUUUAUGGGAUGUUAAGUCAGGAUAAUAAAAAGGCAAAUUAGAGGGUCAUACUGAUUUUGUUCAAUCAGUCUGCUUCUCUCCUGAUGGUAAUACAUUAGCAUCUGGUAGUUAUGAUAUGUCCAUCCGUUUUUGGGAUGUCAAAAUGGGAUAAAAAAAAAAAACCAAAUUAGAUGGCCAUAUAAGUGAUGUUUUAUCAGUAAUUUUCUCUCCUAAUAGUGCUACAUUAGCAUCUUGCAGUAGAGAUAAGUCUAUCCGUUUAUGGGAUGUUUAGACAGGAUAAUAAAUUUUCAAAUUGGAUGGUCAUAAAAAUUCAGUUCGAUCAAUCUGUUUCUCUCCUGAUGGUACUACAUUAGCAUCUAGCAGUUCAGAUAAGUCCAUCCGUUUAUGGGAUGUUAAGACAGGAUAAUAAAAAGCCAAAUUAGAUGGUCAUAAAAAAUCAGUACGAUCAGUCUGUUUCUCUCCUGAUGGUAUUACAUUAGCAUCUGGUAGUAGAGAUAAGUCUAUCCGUUUAUGGUGUGUUAAGACAGGAUAAUAAAAAGCCAAAUUAGAUGGUCAUUAAAUUUUAGUUCUAAGCGUCUGUUUUUCUCCUGAUGGUUCCACAUUAGCCUCUUGUAGCGAAGAUAACUCUAUCCGUUUAUGGAAUGUUAAGACAGGAUAAUAGUAGACCAAAUUAGACGGUCAUACUAAUGGUGUUAAUUCAAUUCAUUUCUCUCCUGAUGGUACUGCAUUAGCAUCUGGUAGCGGAGAUAACUCUAUUCGUUUAUGGUGUGUUAACACAGGAUAAUAAAAAGCAAAAUUAGAUGGUCAUUCAUUUUUAGUACUUUCUGUAUGUUUUUCUCCUGAUGGUUCCAUAUUAGCAUCAGGUAGUUACGAUAGGUCUAUUUGUUUAUGGGAUGUUAAGACAGGAUAAUAAGCAGCCAAAUUAGAUGGUCAUACUAGUUGUGUUAAUUCAGUUUAUUUCUCUCCUGAUGGAACUAUAUUAGCAUCUGGUAGUUCAGAUAAUGAUAUUCGUAUAUGGGAUUUAAAUUACGGACCAUAUAUCUUUCCAACAAUUAAUCGUUACAAAGAUAUAGCAGUAUUUAAACCCUUAACAUAUAAAAAUAAUAAUGUAACUCAUGAUAUUGGUAGCUAUUGAUACUAUUCCUUAGGUACCUCUACACUUACGAUUCUACGAAUAUCUUAGAAUAUGAAUUUAGAAACCUAAGGAGCUCUUAUCCUUCAAGGAGAAUUUGUAGAUUAUAAAGGAUGUGAUUUGCAAUCAUUAUUUAAAUCUAAAGGAAGUUGUUUUUUAGAAAGGCUAGUAGAAUUAUUUUAGAAUUGA